UUGGAACACCUCAAUUAGAAACGAGACAUUACACAAGCUCCAUAAUGGGGCUAAAGUUACUUAUAUUAUGUGCCCUUGUGGUACUUAAUCAAGCAGCUAAACUACCUAAAUCACAGACUGCUACAUGUUCAAGACAAUGUACAGAAUCGAAAAAGUUUGGAUACGAAACCGGAAAGACAUACGACUAUGACUACACAUCAAAGGUGUCAACGACAAUACAAGGGGCUUCCGAAGAUAAAGCGGAAAUCGACAUGGCUGCAAAAGUUCACAUCGAGGUUCAGUCAAAAUGCGAUCUUGUGCUUAAGGUUUCUGAUGUAGUACUUACUGAAUCAGACCCUAAAUCACCAAACACAAGACGCAAUGCUGACGUCACAGGCGAAUUCAAGAAAAGUCUUGAACAGAACCCAUUGAUGUUCUCCUUCCAAGAUGGCCGUGUUGAUGAACUAUGUCCUUCUAACGACGAACAAACAUGGGCUCUUAAUAUCAAACGAGCAAUCAUCUCUGCUUUCCAGAACUCUAUGGAUGAUUUCAGUCAAGAACAGAAAACCAAAGAGAUGGAUGUAACCGGAAGUUGUGAUGUAAAUUACUCUCUGGCUUCCAAUGGGUGGUACACAAUGACAAUCAAGAAAACAAAAGACACAUUAGGAUGUGUAGAUCGUCAUGGUUACAAAACAGCCAUGCAAGGAACACCAUAUAGAGUACCGUCUGAAAUCCAGUCAAUGCCAUUGGUUAAAAGCACUCACGAAUGUCAACAGGGAAUCAGUAAAACUGGUAUCCUUCAGAGCAGCAGUUGUGAGGAACAACAUGUUCUCCGACCAUUCUCCAGAGAAUCCAGUGGAGCUGUUACAGAAACGAAACAGACAUUGAAAUAUAUUACAGAGAGUCAAAGCAGAUCUACAAAAGUGUCUACUGAAAAGAGAACAACACUGGCAUUUGAGCAUGCUUUUGACAACUCCAAUUCUGCAAACGCACAGAAGGAGGUUCUGAACAAACUGACAGAAUUUUGCGAAUUAUCUAAAGAUGCCGUGAAAGUAUCCACAGCCAAACAAUUUACUGAGCUUGUCAGACUUAUGAAAACGUUAGACAGUGAUAGCAUGGAAAGUGUCCACAAGAAAGUACAUUCAGGAAAAGUAUGUCCAAAGAAUACAAAAGUCAGGAAAUUCUUCCUUGACGCCAUUCCAAUGGUUGGAACUAAAGCUUCUUUGAAAAUGAUGACACAUUUGAUUAAUACCGACGAAGUUACCGGAGCUGAAGCUGAUAUGUGGAUGACAAGUCUAUCUUUUAUUCAACAUCCAACAAAAGACAUGCUAUUGGAACUGAAGCCUUUGUUGACUAACACAAAGAACGGACAAGCCAUGCUUGCAGUUUCAUCCCUUGUGUACACCUACUGUAAAACAUCUUCCUGUGCUAACGACAUUGAUAUGGUAAACCUUGUUGCCAGCUUAGAAGACAAGAUAGGUGUUGGAUGCUAUGCAGACAAGAACAAUGUUAACAACAUUAUCCGUGCCUUACGUGCCUUUGGAAAUGCUGGUUUCUCUAGCAGUAUCACAAUGGUGAACAGUUGUUUGACGAGAAAAGAAAACCCGACAGAGGUUCGCCUUGCUGCAGCUCAAGCCUUCCGCCGAAUGGCAUGUGAUGCAAACGUAAUUAAAAACUUAUAA